AGCAAGAGAGAAGGGUGGAGGGUGUGGAGGGUGGAGAUCCUUGGGUGUCAUAAAACACUAGGUGGGGCGGUCCUCCAGCUGUUGGGGGACAUGAGGCUAAUGCAAGUAGGCGAGGGGCUGACUGAUGAAGACACCGAGGAACAGGGGAGGGGAGGGGAGGUGUCAGCAGGGGUUGCAGAAAAGCGUCCAGGGAUGGGCUGUGCCAAGGUGCCUGGCAGGGUGGAGAACCUGGGAAAGAAAUAAAACUGCAUGACAUGACUCAGCAGAGAUUAGGCAAGACUGGUGCGAGGCCAGGCUCAUUUUGGCAAAGCCCGGCCUCGGUAGAAGGCAGCAGUACCGUUCCUUCUGGGCGAUGAUGAAGAUGCACUUGACUCGACUGCGUGGAGGGCGAUGCCCGUGUGUUUCGUGAAGCUGGUGGGCGGUGCGGAGCGGCACAGCCGGCGCCAGCGCAAGUCCCAAUGCGGUGCCUCCAACCCCGCGCGAAGCAGCGUCCCAGCCGGAGAGGGGCGGGCGCCUGCGCACUGGGCCCCAGGCGCCGCUGCGGGAGUCGCGAGACCCCCGCUCCCGCCCCUCGCCCUCCGGCGGGAACGCGCACGUGGGAAGGGACGCGGACGCGGACGCGGACGCGGACGCGGACGCGCACGCGAGGCCGCCUCACUCGGUCUGGCCGGCAGGGGCGGCUGUGGAGGGGGCGACGCGCGCGGGAGCCGCGGGUGGGCUGCGUGCGGAGCGGCGGCGCCGGCGUGUGCGCUCGGACCCAGGCGCGGAGGGCGGGCCGACUGACGUCCGCGCGGCCGCCCCCGCCCCCGCCCCCGCGCCCCGCCCCCGCCUCCUCGGGUCUGAGGCUCCGGGCCCGGGGCUGCAGCGCUCCCCUCCCGCCCGCGCAGCGGCCCUUUCUCUGCGCAGCGGCUGAGCCGGCGGCGGCGGCGGCGGACCCCAGCGAGCGAGCGGCGCGGCGACGAGCGCGGAGCAGGCAACCUGGAGGAUGAAGUGCAAGCCGAACCAGACGCGCACGUACGACCCCGAGGGCUUCAAGAAGCGGGCGGCGUGCCUGUGCUUCCGCAGCGAGCGCGAGGACGAGGUGCUGCUGGUGAGCAGCAGCCGCUACCCGGACCGCUGGAUCGUGCCGGGCGGGGGCAUGGAGCCCGAGGAGGAGCCGAGCGGCGCGGCCGUGCGAGAGGUGUAUGAGGAGGCGGGCGUCAAGGGGACGCUGGGCCGGCUCCUGGGCGUCUUCGAGCAGAACCAGGACCCCAAGCACCGGACCUACGUGUACGUCCUGACCGUCACCGAGGUGCUGGAGGACUGGGAGGACUCGGUGAGCAUUGGCAGGAAGCGAGAGUGGUUCAAAAUCGAAGAUGCCAUCAAGGUCCUCCAGUGCCACAAGCCCGUGCAUGCCGAGUACCUGCAGAAACUAAAGCUGGGCGGUCCCCCCACCAACGGAAACUCCGUGCCCGGGAGCGACCGCUAGCACUGUUGGUGGACAAGUCGCCCGUUUUUCGGAAGCGUUGAGCACCGCUUCUUGCCGGUUAACCUCGUUCGCACGGGCUAGUGCACAGGGGCUCUUCUGAAAGGUGCCUUACCUGCCCGCCCGGCCCUGGGGUGGCGCGCGCGCGCGCGUGUGUGUGUGUGUGUGUGUGUGUGUGUGCGCGCGCGCGAGCGCGCGCGUGUGCACUUUGGGCACCAGUCUUGUGGUUUUGUAGCAAACGCGUUUACAGUCUGAUCGCCUUGGUCGUCUGGCCUCUUUCGUUCAUGUUCGUUCUUAAGUUGUUUUCUCAUUUGCAGUAUUAGCCCUUGUCAGCAAGACCUGCUGUGGUGGGAGUUGGUUUAAAUGAGCCGUUUUGCAUUAAAAGAUAUUUAAGAAAUUUGA